AACACGUGCCUUGAGACAAACAUGGUUAGAUUUGGUUUGCCCUCAACCGAUCAAACUGGCUCUCUAUUUGUGUUCUUCCGUCACUUCGUCAGUUCACAAAAUCGUAAAUAAAGACAAUUCCCACCAACGAAAAGAGGAAGACAUUCUGUUAGCAGAUUUUACCUUGAUAAAUUAUUCGAUGAUGUUUCCCAAAUUUAUCUCAUCAUCAACUGAUUUUGAUCUCAAAUAAGUUAAAACAAUUUCUAUGGCAAUAGCAGCAGCACCACCACUUAAUCUGUCUCCUUACUUAGAUCCUCAACAACAGCCACGCUUACAAACCGAAUUUAAUCCCAUAAAAAGGGUACCCUUUCUUUCAUCUAGAAACCCUCUCCUUUGUGUCUGCAAACUCCAUCGUUACAAUUUCAAGUGUUGUCUCCCUUCUUCUUCCUCCACCAACUCCGUCACUCCAGCUCAAUACUACUCCUUUCUCGAUGAAUCAUUUUGGGGAAUCCGUGUUUUAACCAAUGAAGAGCUUGAAAAGUUCAAAGCUUUGGAGUCUUUCGUUUAUCUUCAAGAGUUGGAAUCUGGGUCGUUGUGGGUUCGGGUCAUGAGGAUUGAGGAGAUGGAUAUGACUGUCGGGUUGUUGGCUUUGUCAUUCGCUGAAUCAAUGUUCAUGUCCUUGCAAUACGAGGCUUUGUUGAGGUUCUUCGUGAAACAGUAUUUGAUUGAGAGGAGAGCUUCGAUGCCACACGCUGUCACUCUUGUUGGGUUCUAUAGAGAGGAAGGUGGGAAGAGAGCUGAGGAGCUGGCUGGAACAGUGGAGGUUUGCUUUGACAAAAGGGGUGCUAACGCUUCUCCUCCUACACCUACACCUCCCAGGAAUUCUCCAUAUAUUUGUAACAUGACCGUCACAAAGGAGCUUAGAAGGAGGGGCAUUGGUUGGCAUCUUCUCAAAGCAAGCGAGGAGCUAAUAUCCCAAAUGACUUCUUCAAAAGAGGUUUAUUUGCAUUGCAGAAUGAUUGAUGAGGCUCCAUUCAACAUGUACAUAAAAGCAGGAUACAAUGUUAUUCAGACAGAUAGUAUCUUUAUCUUGUUGACAUUACAGAGACGUAAGCACUUGAUGUGCAAGAAACUCCCUGUAUCUAACAGUUUCCCAGAGCCAGAUAUGUCAGAAUCCGGUGAGGAACCUCCCUCAUAAACAUGUAAGUUGCAAUCAUACUGUAAUCAUAACCUUUUGAGCUACAAGCAGUUCAAGUCAUACACGAUACCUUUAUGUUUAUCAUGUUUAAUGAAACUCUCACCUCCUCUUCUACUGUUAUUGUAAAUCUGUCAAUUUUUGCUGCUUUGAGAUGAUUUAGUUCUUGUA